AUUGUGUGAUGGUCAGAUUCUACCUCUAUUGUACAUGCGUUAGUAAUGUGUACCGGUAUUCACUUUUGAAGUUGAAGCAAGUUUCAGUCAGACUAUUUCUGUGCAAGUAGCACCCUUCAGGAAGUGGGGACCUGAGCCUGCGACAUAUAACAGAUGUUCACAUCAACUGUAGAGCAGCAAUGGUUUGAGUACAACACAUGAUGAAACCUACUUCCUCUAAAAGGAAGACUUGCACUAUUUCUCUCUUUUUGUGAUCAGUGGCAGAUUGAUUUGAUAGAGGCAUGGCGGGGGCGAGGAGGACCAUCAUGCCUUCCCAAAAGUUUGUUUGGGCCCUCAAAACGAUGUUGCAUGAAGCAUACUUCAUUUUCAAAAAAGAAUCACCAAUCUUCAGAAUGUAGGGAAACAGCCGCCUCUGAUUCUGCCCCACCAGUUGACCGGAGCAGCACAAGGUACAGUCCAGAUGCGCAUCAAGAGCUCCCAGAGCAGCGGGGAACGCCUGAGUCAAACCAAGUCCAUGGUCCUGCAGGAUCCUGACCUGCCUCCCAAACCUAUCUCUCGCCACCGGAGGAACCAGUCUCAGCAUAACAUUGGUGGAGCUGCAGAGACUCUUGUUGUUUUGAAAGGUGAAUAUUUGAAUAAAGCCAAAAUAUCAGAUGGAGGCAAAAAACUGAGGAAGAACUGGGCUUCAACUUGGGUAGUCCUGGAGACUGAUAAACUUCUGUUUUAUAAAGAGAGCAAGCAAGAAGCCCUGACGAAUUUGAAACCUGGCUGCAGCCCUGAUGGGGUGGAUCUCUGUGGGGUCGUGGUUGAAUGGACAACAGAGAGGUCCAGCCGGAAGAACGUGGUUCAGAUAACAACCAGCUCUGGAAGUGAGUUCCUUCUCCAGGCUGACAAUUACCCCACAAUAUGUAAAUGGCAUGAUGCUAUUAAAAGCACAGCUGACAACUUGUCUAAAGGAGCUGGAGGACAGGCCUCUGGCAAGCCUGGCAUACAGAGAGCAAACAGCACUGAGUACCUACCUAGACAUGGGUUGCUUAGCAAGACACUGUCACUGCCAAAACCUGCACCUGAUUCCCCCUGCACAAAGGAACCUGAACACAGACGCUCACUCAUUUUCAAGUCUUCCAAGCUCACCUACAGCAUGUCGGACAGUGCUGAUAAGAUUGGGGUGAAGAACAGACUCAAAAAGUUCAUCUCAAGGCGGCCUUCUAUGAAGACUCUACAGGAGAAAGGCAUCAUCAAAGAUCGAGUGUUUGGAUGUCACUUGUUGGCACUUUGGGAGCGGGAAGGGACCACUGUGCCAAAGUUUGUCAGGCAGUGUGUGGAGGCCGUCGAAAAAAGAGGUUUAGAGGCUGAUGGCAUCUACAGAGUGAGUGGUAAUCUAGCCACCAUCCAGAAGUUACGAUUCUUGGUUGACCAAGAGGAGGAGUUUAACCUGGACGACAGCCAAUGGGAGGACAUCCACGUCGUCACCGGGGCACUCAAGAUGUUUUUCCGGGAGCUGCCAGAGCCCCUGUUUCCCUUCCCAUUAUUUGAGCUGUUUGUGGAGGCCAUCAAGACGAAGGCUGGCAAGCAGAAGGUGCAGGUGAUAAAGAAGCUAGUACUUCAGCUCCCUAAACCCAACCAGGACACCAUGAGAGUACUCUUCAGACACCUGCAGAAGAUUCUGACGUGUUCACGGAAAAACCUGAUGUCGACACAAGGCAUCAGCAUCGUGUUUGGCCCGACACUCAUGUGGCCUGAGCUGGACUGUGGGAACAUGGCGGUCAACAUGGUUUAUCAGAACCAGAUAGUGGAGUUCAUCCUCAUUGAGAGCCCAGAGAUCUUCGGCCUGGAGAAGAAGUGAUAAGGACAUUUUAUCUACAGCAAUGGAUGGAUUCAUGAACAGACAAGAGGACCUGUUGUGCCUAAAGCUUGGAGCUAGUUGCUAGUAUUUCUGUAAUAUAUUAUUAAUAGUGAGGAUUUACACCUUAUCUUAAAGUUUUAAUAGCAUUUAUAUCUUACUAUAUUGUUAGUUACACUUCUUGAACCCAGAACCCAAACUGUGAUUUCUGAAUUGUGCUAUAGUGAAUGCAUACUAGUAAAUAGCUUAUUUUGUGGUCUGGCUCUUCCAUUGCCUUAUACUGCAUAGCUACAGUAUCAUGAAAGAAGUAUUGACAAAAGUAAUGAUACUAUGUUAAGUUAUCUGUGUGUGCCUGUGUGAUGCAUUCAAGUCUGUGAAUGAGCAUCAUCCUCAAGUGUGUCUGAGACAGGCUCUAUGCAAAUGGAACUGUCUCAGACACACUUGGAAAUUAAAAAUAAUC